CGCAGCCAGCGCCACCGCAGUCGGGUAUCCGUCGGGCUUGAAGUCGAGGCUCGGCGGAUCCACCAUGGGAACCCGUCGACGACAGCCCUACCUCCACAUGGUGUACGACCGGAACCAGCAGUACGGCGACAGCCUGUACCGCAAGACCGUGGACGACUUGUACUUACGAGAAGGCAUCAUGCCUCCGCGCGCUCUGCUCUCCAGCAGGCGCUUCGACGACUCGUACUUCCUUACGCGCUACCCGAGGAUCCCCUCCAUGUACCGUCUGAUGAAGCGCUGGGACACUGGCGACGACUUAGCCUUACGGCGAAGCAUAUCGCUUUCGCACAUCACGCACCCGGAGUACAGCAGGGAUCUGCUCAACCGCCUCCUCUACCCCGAUGAGAAGCUGUCCCGGCGCUUCGGGAACCAGCACAAGCUGCACGUCCACUCCUCCCACGACCGCCACGUCCGCGCCAUGGAGGACCACCGUUCGCUGAUGGCCGAGCUCGAGAUGCAGGAGGUACAGGACCGACUUCGGCGCGAGCACAACCGCAAGUGGUUCAACCCGGACGCCAUUGCCUACGAGGUUCCAUCAUUCAGAGACGACCCGCUGGCUACCGUGUACCGCCGUCGCAGGCCGUUCAGCUACUACGACUUCUACUACUGGCUCUAGACCUGCCUGACCGCCGUGCCCUUCUCAGUGAACAUUUGCGAUGACAACAACUGUGAAUCCCCAAGACUUUAGGGACAACCGACUGCCCGGUACAACGGGUAGUGUUGAUUACUGCCUCGGAUACAUACUUAGUGUAUUCUGUUUCCUCUAGAAGAAUAAAUGUCUAAAUUUCUGGCUUUAAAA